AUGUUUGGGGAUAACCGCCAAUUCCACCUCGUUAAUGAGGCAAGCACUAAGGACGCUGCGAUUGUUGCGCGCAUUCUCACCGACGGCGAUGUUCCCAACGCUCUAAUGGGUGUCGUGGCCGCCUCCUACUACGGCGGCGGGCUCUGCCCCCUGGAUAUUGAGCUGGUCAUUGGCGAUACCGAUCAAGAACGGGCAUUCGACAUUCUACCUUCCCACGGCGUUCGGCCAUCCGUCCCUGAAGGCACCGAUUCUGAGCGGCCAGCCAUUCUCCAGCGAUGGCGGGAGCUCGCGCCUUCAUACCAGUUCCGCGAUCGGCGACGAGUGCGGCUGUGGGUGCCCAUUACGAGCUUCCUGUGAGAGGCGACCCUGUCGACGACGCGCUACGUCCCUUCGUCUUACUCUACUCUGCCGAAACCAUAGGGCUUCCACGGGUCCCGUUCCCCAGUGAAGUAGAAACGUUCUCCGAAUCUGGAUACACGCCCCUGCCAUUCCUUGUGUCAGUAGUAAUGGCUCACAGGGCUGAUGGGACUACCCUCGUACCAAGUUUCCCUUUGCUCAUUGCAUUGAAAAUGCCCGGCCCCCUACACCAUGCCCAUUAUCACUCGCCUACAUGGGGCCAACACGCUGCGCAACUCUCGGAACUUCUGCGGUCACGCAGCUGCGAGGGAGGCUACAAUCGUUUGCCCGAGCUGGUAAAUCUGGGGUUCCACGAGUUUGCACAAUGGAUGAGGUCACAUCUGCAGGGUGGUGCAGACAGCGGGAAGCUUGGCCAACUCAAGUAGGCCCACGCCCUUCUUUCCGCACCGAAAGACAGCCGCAGCGG